ACAAAAAAAAAAACCUUCUCUUUGCUUCCUUACAUAGAACGGUGUAUGGCUGAUUCAACACCGCUUCUUUCCGACUCCGACAAGCCGCCGGAACCCAAACGGCCUCCACGAUCCCUCGAUGAAACCAUCGAGCGCUGCAUUGGAGGCUUCGGGUGGCUCCAAAUCUUUCAAGCAAUACUCGUUUCAUUUGCUUGGGUCUUUGACGCUCAGCAAACUUUCAUCAGUGUAUUCACCGAUGCUGAACCGUCGUGGCACUGCACCGAUGAAUCGGUUUGCAACAGUUUUUCCAGCAUUUGUCAACUCCCCAAGGGUUCAUGGUCUUGGGAUUGGCCUGCGCACACGUCGAUUAUAUCGGAAUGGGGCCACGAGUGUUCCACCUCGUUCAUCACUGGGUUGCCUGCUUCUUCUUUCUUCAUGGGCUGCCUAGUAGGUGGACUCGUGCUCGCCACGCUCGCUGACUCAACUCUCGGCCGUAAAAACAUGCUUUUAUUCUCAUGUCUAAUGAUGUCUUUAUCUUCCAUCUUCACCGUUUUUUCAUCCAAUAUUUGGAUCUAUUCAGCCCUGAGAUUCUUCAACGGAUUUGGCCGCGCAACUGUCGGAACAUGUGCCCUGGUGUUAUCAACCGAGCUAGUCGGAAAACGGUGGCGCGGCCAGGUCGGUGUUAUCGGUUUCUUCUGUUUCACUUUAGGGUUCCUGUCAUUACCAGCAAUGGCAUAUGUAAAUAGAGGUUCGUCAUGGAGAACUCUGUACCUCUGGAUUUCGGUGCCAAUAAUUUUGUACUGUAUAUUAGUUCAUUUCUUAAUUCCCGAGUCUCCAAGAUGGCUUUUCGUCAAAGGACGCAAAGAGGAAGCAGUUACAACACUCAAAGGCUUGGCUCAGACUGCUAGUGCCUUGACACUGAGUUUCUCAAAUGUCCUAAUCGAGCAAGACUCUUGGGACGACGAUAAUGUAGAUAUUUACUCUUCAAUCAGGAUACUAUUGAACAAGCGAUGGGCUGCUCAAAGGCUAACGGGCGUAAUGGUUACGGGUUUCGGGAUCGGUAUGGUGUACUAUGGGAUGCCAUUAGGCCUUGGAAAUCUAUCAGUCAAUCUCUAUUUAGGCGUCACAUUAAACGCCUUAUCCGAGCUCCCAGCAUCACUGAUUACAUUCUUCCUUAUAGGUAAAAUUAGCAGGAAAGAGUCAUUGUUGGGUUUCACAAUCUUAAGCGGUGUGUGCAGUGUGUUGUGCGUGGUGAUGAGCAGAGUGUGGCCAAGUUUACAGAUAGCAAUGGAGCUGAUAUCUUUCUUCAGCGCUUGCGCGGCGUACAACAUGACGAUGAUUUACACGUUAGAGCUGUUCCCCACAUGCGUGAGGAACUCGGCACUCUCGAUGGUGAGGCAAGCGCUUGUUCUUGGGGGAGUAUUCAGCCCGCUGCUUGUGGCCGCUGGGAGGGAAAAUAACUUGAUAUCUUUUGGGGUUUUCGGGUUGGCGAUCGGGAUUUGUGGGCUACCGUUGAUAGGGUUGCCGGAGACGAAAGGCGGCACAAUAUGUGACACCAUGGAUGAAGAAGAGCACAAACAGAACCAAAAGGCGGCGGCCGCAAUUCCAACGUUGGCAUAAGCUGUAUGGGGUCUAUUGUCCUAAUCAUUGGCAACUAGCCAAUAAUUACACAUCUUGCUUGUUAUCAUUACUUGUUAAUGCCGUAUUGGUUGUACAACUCUUGAAGAUCUUUUGUAUGAAUAAAUAUUGUUUAAAUCGUUAAAAAUAAAUAUAAUAACUAUAUUUUAACAAA